AUGUAUGACCAGAUUCAGGAUGGCUGCAAAAGCUUUUAUCACCCUCAUCAGAACAUUGCCGUUGAUGAAAGAAUGGUGGCAUCAAAGGCAAGGAUUAGUCUCAAGCAGUACCAGAAGGACAAACCUACAAAGUGGGGAUACAAGCUUUUUGUCCUUGCGGACUCUCUGAAUGCAUAUACAUGGGAUUUUUUCAUUUAUGAAGGGAAAUCCCCAGUAGCUCAGAGCCAGCAAGGCAAGGGCCUGAGCUACGAAUCUGUCAUGGCUCUGGUGGAUGAAAAGUUAUUGGGGUCUGGCUACAAAUUGUAUGUAGACAACUUCUACACCAGCCCCAUGCUCUUCAGGGACCUUUGCAAAAAAAACAUCUGGGCUUGUGGGACCAUCAGGAGCAACCGGGUGGGCUUCCCAAAAACCACCAUUAACAAGCUGCCCAAAAAUGCUCCUCGGGGAAGCAUGAGGUGGAAGAGGGACGACCAGCUUCUCUUCAUUGUGUGGAAGGACACAAGAGAGGUAUCGAUGUGCUCCUCAUUCCACUCAGCGAAUGAAGGUCAGACUGUCCAGAGGAGGGUGAAGAUGGGAGAUAGAGAAUGGACCAUAAUGACCAUUCCAAUUCCUUCAGUAGUUUCAGACUACAACAAGAACAUGGGAGGAGUUGAUAUGUCAGAUGCCCUCAUUGGGUACUACUCUGUGCUGAGAAAAACAAGAAAGUGGUACCGCACCCUUUUCUUCCACUUUGUAGACAUUGCAGUGGUCAAUGCUUUCAUUAUCCACCAGCACCUGGCUGCAAUGCAAA